AUGUUUCAUAUUGGGGGCCUCAUUGUCUUCUGUGGGCUGCUGGCCCAAACCAAGGCCCUGCUAGAAGGCCUGCCCUUACCCCUGCCCCUGGACCCGGCUCUGCCCCCAGGCCCAUCUCUGCCCUUGAACCCAGCUCUGCCUCUGGACCAGACUCUGCCCUCAGUUCCCACAGAUCUUGCUGGACACUUGACAAGUGCUCUCACCAAUGGUCUGAUCUCUGGGGAUCUUCUUGGCAUUCUCCAAAACCUUCCACUCUUGGACGUCCUCAAGGCUGGAAAAGACAACUCUGGUGGCCUGGUUGGGGGCCUGCUUGAGAAAGUGACUUCAUUGAUCCCUUCUUUGAACAACCUCGUGGAAGUGACCGUCACCGAUCCCCAGCUGCUGCAACUUGGCUUUGUGCAGAGUCCUGAUGGCCACCGUCUCUUUGUUACCAUCCCUCUGGGCCUAGCCCUCAAUGUGAAGACGACCAUAGUCGGAAGUCUGUUGAGACUGGAUGUGAAGCUGAACAUCACUGUAGAACUCUUAGUUGUGAAAGAUGAGCAGGGGAAGGCCCAUCUGGUCAUUGGAGACUGCACCCACUCCCCUGGCAGCCUGAAAAUCUCCCUGCUUAAUAGAGCUGUUCCCUUCCCCAUUCAACAGUCUAUCGACAGCCUCACGGGGAUCUUGAAUAAUGUUCUUCCUGAGUUAGUGCAGGGAAAGGUAUGCCCUCUGGUUAAUGAGAUUCUCAACAACCUGGAUGUCACACUGGUGCAUGACAUUAUCAACUUGCUGCUCCAUGAUCAGAAAUUUGUUUUCAAGGUCUAA